GAUCGGUAACUGUGGGGCGAUGGCCCGGGGCGCCCUGGAUGAGCUCGGUGGCGGCGGCGGCGGCGGCGGCGGCGGCGGUGGCGGUCACCGUGGCGGCGGGGCUGGACUGGGCGGUGGCGGGGCGGGGUCGGGUGGGGUCGGCCGGCUCGGUAUGGCACCGGGUGGGCCGGGUCAGGUAGGGCAGGCGGCCGACAAUGGGAACUCGGUCUGGCGGCCCUACUGAAGCCGGACAGCGGCGGCCACGGUCUCCUCGUCCCUGGCGGCCUUCGGUUUCGGUACCGGUCCCAACACCCACACCACCACCGUCGAGUUUGAUUGAGCUAGAAGGGGGGGGGGGGCAGGGUGUGGGAGGCCGCCGAAGGCGAAUGGAAGAGGAGACCGUGGUGCUGCCGCGGACCGGCGAGCGUUCGGGCCACUUCACGUUCACUUUACCUAGUAGUAGCUGCUACCUGUGUGUGUAUGUGUGUGUGUGUGCGUGUGUGUGCGUGUGAUGCUGUGAAGGAAAAGCACGUGGUAGCAAAGGCGCAAUGUUUUGCUUUUGUGUUCUCUUCCCCUCUACCCCCACUCUGUCUGUAUAUACAAUAGCCCCGGUUGCUGUCUACUGUCCUACUCCACCAUCAGACACUCGCGCACACAUACACACACACACACACAGCGCGGCACUGGGUUCUGGAUGGGAUUGAACCGGGCGGCUACUUUAGACUUAUCGUGUAGGAAAGAACAAGAAAAGAAAGGCGCUGUAGUAAACCACUGAAAUCGAGCUACAUACAAACACACACACACACAUACACACGUAUAAACACAACUCAGACUUGCAUGUUUACGAUUGUGAAUGAAGGUUAGUGGAGGGCAGCGAGGGAACACUACCAGGGGCGGGGCACGGGAAGCACGAGCGCCGAAAGGAAAGCAGGUUUUGAGCGAAAGCUACUGGAUGGAUGGAGCAGCAAACAAAAUCACGGUGUUACUCUAGAUCGAAACCAAACAUUCCUUCCCUUUUUGUCCCCCCCCACCCGCUAUUCAGUAGUAGUGAACCGUGGUGAACCGUAGUGAACGCCAGCAGGGCACAACAAACAUGCCAAACACAAUGCAAAACCAAUUAACUAUUCAAAAGGUGUCUUUGAUCGUCGUCGUUAAAGUGUAAAGUAGUAGACACGCGCGCGUAGCGGUGAUAUAGAAUGGGAAAAGGGAAAAAGAGGAGAGAAGGGUCCCUCUCUCACACUUUCACUUUCUCUCUCUCUCUCUCCUGUUCUCUCUCUCUCUCUCUCUUUCUCUCUCUAUCUCUCUCUAUCUCUCUGGAUACAGUACCGUAGAAGACUAUGGCCGUACUUUCGCGUACUAAUAGUAAUGAUAUCCCUUCUCCUCACACCCUCCCACCCUCCCAAAAACCACCACCCAUGCACACCCAGUUCCCAUGGGCGCUCUGUCUCUGUCUGGCUCAGAACCCCCCUUUUUCCUCUCCAUCCCUCCCUCCCUCCCUCC